UUUAAGCGGACGAUUUUAGGCGCCAAUAAUAUUUACAAAUUGACAUUUUGCUACGGUGUUCGGAUCGAUUGGAAACAUAGGAUGAAAGGGUUGCACUUGAUUGUGUUCAUCGCAUACCUAAGCUACGGCGUUGCUGAAACCGUAUCCCAGCCAACACCUGGAGGAGUCCCAACUGCUCCACAACCAGUAUACCAGCAUCCAGAUAAAAAUGUGCCCUACAUUCCACACGCAACAUAUCCAUAUGCGGAAUCUUUUGAACCUAGUGCGUCGUACGAGGGAUACUUAAUGCCAAAUUUGGUACAAUAUCCUCAAUAUGGCGAAGAAAAUAAGUCGUCAGUAGCCAAAAGCAGUUUGGCCGUAAUGUUAAAAAUUCUGGCAAAAGUUGGAUUAUUUUUAUUGGGAGGUGUAGCACUGCUGUUUGUCGGAGGAGCUUUUACUACUGCCGUUUGUUCACUUACUCCAAUUUGCACAAUAACGUUUAAUGGAUUUAAAGGGAUUAACCAUGAGAAAAUGCGAGCCCUUGUGACACCUGAACGGGUAGCCAAUGCCGCCGCUUUUGUAGAAAAUGCCGUGGAUAAGUAUCAACGUUUGCAAAGGGCCAUCAACGGGUAG